AUGGCUUCCAAGUAUAUUAGUUGUGCUCAAAACUACCUUAACAAACUUAUAGCUCUUCAAAAGCCUAUUGUCUACAACACCAAGGUGGCCGUUGAAGUAGCUAAACAAGUUUAUAAAAAGGAAGGCAUGGCAUUCCCUACUGGAGCACAAUUCUCUGAAGCUCAACAAACUCUUCAAAACAACUUGAAGAUCUCAAACUUGAAGAACUUGACUUCUGCUGAUGUUGUAAAAGGAGGUGUUGUUCUUGCCGAGAUUUAUACCUUUUUCCUCAUUGGUGAAAUUGUUGGCCGUAGAAAUUUGGUUGGUUAUAAUGUCAAGUCUGAAGAUCAUCACGAACACUAA